AUGCGGGUGGAAUGGGCUGCUGCUGAGCUUGCUCUGCACAGUGAAACUCCAUUCUACAAGUGCGGGCUGUAUGGUUAUCACAUAAAUGAGUCCGCUCUGCACAAGGAUGUCAAAGCCACAGUCACUGAUCGCUCACUAAUGUUCUCUUCCUUCUUAGAAGCCAAAGACAUUUCAAAAGAAAACACAGAUGAGCUGAGGAUUGUACUGCUGGGAAAAACUGGAGCUGGGAAAAGUGCAACUGGAAACACAAUCUUAGGAAGAAAAGCAUUUACAGCAGAAACAUCUCAAGAACUCAAAUCUAUUACUAAAGAGAGUCGAAGAGAAUCAUGUGAAAUCAACGGUCGACGUGUCACUGUGAUCGACACUCCAGGACUGUUUGAUACUGAACUCAGUAAUGAGGAGAUCCAGAGAGAAAUCACUCACUGUGUCUCCAUGAUCCUGCCUGGACCACAUGUGUUUCUCUUACUGGUUCCACUGGGACGAUUCACUAAAGAAGAAGAAACAUCAGUGAAGAUCAUCCAAGAGACCUUCGGUGAAAACUCAGUAAUGUUCACCAUGGUGCUCUUCACCCGAGGAGACUUUCUGAAGAAGAAGACCAUCGACCAGUGUUUGGGAAAACCUGGAUCUCCUCUGAUGAAGCUGAUCGAAGCGUGUGGAAACAGAUAUCAUGUGUUCAAUAAUAAUCAGCCUGAAGACCGAACACAGGUGACUGAUCUACUGCAGAAGAUAGACGACAUGCUGAAAGAGAACGGAGCGAGUUUCUACUCAUGUAAGAUGUUCAGAGAGAUGGAGAGAGAGAAACAAGAACUACAGAUCAAGAUCCUGAUGGACAGAGUCCGAGAAAGAGAGGAGGAGAUGGAGAAACUGAAGAGAGAAAGAGAGGAAGAGAUGGAGAAACUGAACAGAGAAAGAGAGCAAGAGAUGGAGAAACUGAACAGAGAAAGAGAGCAAGAGAUGGAGAAACUGAACAGAGAAAGAGAGCAAGAGAUGGAGAAACUGAACAGAGAAAGAGAGGAGGAGAUGGAGAAACUGAACAGAGAAAGAGAGGAGGAGAUGGAGAAACUGAAGAGAGAAAGAGAGGAAGAGAUGGAGAAACAUGAAGAAGAGAAAGAGAGGGUAAACAGAGAAAGAGAAGAAGAGAUGAAGAAACAUGAAGAAGAGAAAGAGAGAGUGAAGAUGAUGCAGCAGUUAAUUGUAUUGUCUUUAAAACAGGGAGAAAACAAGGACAUAGUAACUGCAGAAGUGAGAGCUGAAAGAACAGAGCACCUGUUUCACAGACUUCAUCUUCAUAUAAAUCAAAGAUUGAGAGCUGCAGAUGUUCUUCAGAUAACUGAGCAUUCAUUACAGUCUCAUGAGUCUUGUGCUGAAGAAGAGCUGAUUCAGACUUACAUUCAGAAACUACUGAGGAUGAACUACAGAGCAAGAUACAUUACAAAUAAAGAGAUCAGUGAACAACAUCACACACAACAAAGAGACAGUGACUCACCUGAAGAUGAGGGAGAUAUUUUUGAAAGCAUGUAUUUAUCGAAUGAAGGAACCAGUCAGUGUGAUCUCAUUCACCCGAUGGAUGUCCAGAUGGCUGUGUUUCAUUGUGCUGAUGCUCUCCUGAAGCAGCUGAUGGUCACUAAACUGUCCCAGUGUCAGUUCGCUCUUCCUCUGCUUGUUCCUGAUCCAUUCACACGACAGAUUGAGUUUCCUCUCUGGACAUUCAGACAAAUCCACAAGAGCUGGAAGAUGAGAAACACCAGCAAUCAGAUCAUCAGUCAAACCCAGCUGAUCUACAGAGCACAAACUCCAAUGGUGUUCUUCUUCAGGUUUGGCUCUGUGUCUUCAUCCAAGUCUCAGCUGAUGAACUGUCUGAUCAAUGAGAAACACAACACGUUCUUCCACAGAAACUGUCCCGGCAGCAGCAGAACCAGAGUCCUGAUGGACGGAGUGGUGGAGAUCUCCUGGUUCUGUCCUUCUGGAUCAGAUCAUGAUAACUUCACUGAGUGUGUGGCGUUCUGUAAUCUACACGGAGAUGCAGGAGAACACGAGAAACAGCUGCAGAUCCUCACUCACAUGAGCUCAGUCAAUGUUGUUCUUCUGCCACACCUGGACAAGAAUGAUAAAAAUAUGAUAAUACUUCAAAAUCUCUACAAGCACUCAAAGCCACUCAUUUGUCUCUUUACUGAGGACGAGUCAGCUCUCACUGAGAUGAAGAAAGGAAAAUACAAAAUUGGUUUGAAAAACAGAAAUCAGUCAGAUGUAUCUGAUGAACUCAGAAGAGCUAUAAAUGAUUGUCUCUCAGAAUCAUCUCACACUUUCAGACUUGAAGAUGUGUCCAAACACUCAGACAUCAGAGUAGAUGAGGAAGAUGAUGAUGACUGCAGGAGAGGAAGAGAAGCAGCACAGAAGAUGAUGAGUUUACUGGAGAAGAAAGAUCUGACAGAAAUCAAAGAAUCAUUUCUGCCUCAUCAGGGGAAACUGUGGCAUCAGUGGAGUCAGAAGAACAGAGAACUACAUCAACCUCGAGGAGAUGAAGGAGAAAUGGAGAUCAGUAGAAAACAAACAGAGAUGAAGAAACUCCGUCAACAGCAGCAUGAAUCUGACAUCAGUUUGUUUAUGCAAUUCUUUAUUAUAGAAAUGAACUCACAUUAUAAUCAUGAGAAGAUUUUCUUCCUUAAAUGGCUCAGAAUCCUCCUGGAUGAACAUACAUCAGCUGAUCUUUCUGCUCUACAUAACAAAUAUAAUGAGAAGUGGUCACAAUUAAUAAAACUGAAGGAGAACACUGAUAAAUCUGAACAUCUCAAAGCUGCACAAGCAGAACUUGAGAGAAUAUCUGAGGAGAUUGAAGCUGCAGCGUUUGGUGUGGAGCACAUCAUGAGGGAGAUCGCUCAGAUUUAUGAAUCAUGUUCAUCUGUGCAGAAGAACAAGAAAGACCUGAAGGACUUCUCUUCUCUCCCGAGUCUCGCAGCACAGAUGAUGAUCUCUGGAUCUCCACUGGAGCUGAUGGAUGGAGAUGCUGCUCAUGUUCCUGUGAUCUGGAUCUCUGCUGUUCUAGAUCAACUCGUCCAGAAACUGGGAGACCAGAGAGUCUUUGUGCUGUCAGUUUUAGGGCUUCAAGGCUCUGGGAAAUCCACCAUGCUGAACGCCAUGUUUGGACUCCAGUCUGCUGUCAGUGCUGGAAGAUCAACCAGAGGAGCUUUCAUGCAGCUGAUCAGAGUCUCAGACGAGAUGAAAACACUGAUGAACACUGACUAUAUUCUGGUUGUUGAUACUGAGGGUCUUCGUGCUCUAGAACUGUCUGGAAGAUCAACAAGACAUCAUGACCAUGAACUGGCCACAUUUGUUGUAGGUCUUGGAGAUCUGACACUGAUCAACAUCUUUGGAGAAAACCCAUCUGAGAUGCAGGACGUUCUUCAGAUUGUUGUUCAGGCCUUCAUGAGGAUGAAGAAGGUCAGACUGAAUCCCAGCUGUGUGUUUGUCCAUCAGAACGUGUCAGACAUCACAGCUGGAGAGAGAAACAUGGAGAGAAUGAGACGACUGCUGGAGAAACUGGAUGUGAUGACAAGACUCGCUGCUGAAGAGGAAGACAGUGAUGCUGAGUGUUUCAGUGACGUCAUUAGAUUUGAUGUUCAGGAAGAUGUGAAGUAUUUCUCUCAGCUCUGGGAAGGCAGUCCGCCCAUGGCUCCACCAAACCCAAACUACUGUGAGAACAUCCAAGAACUGAAGAAGACUAUUAUUACUUAUGUCUCAAAAUCAGAUGGAACGAGGCUGAAAGACUUCAGAGUUCGUAUUAAUGAUCUCUGGGAGGCAUUACUGAAUGAACGAUUCAUCUUCAGAUUCAGAAAUGCUCUGGAGAUCUCAGCUUACAGGAAACUGGAGACAGAAUACAGGAAGUGGUCCUGGAGUCUCCACAGUGCCAUGAUGGAAACUGAGAACAAACUACACAACAUGAUAGAGAAUGAAGUGAUUCAAGCAACAUUCCAGAAAGUCCCAGAAUGCAUUGCGUUGCUGACGUCAUGUUCCCAGACUCUAUACGUGAUGAGCAGCAGUGGCGCGGUCACAGCACACACCAAGCCCUGCGAUCAGCACUCAGUUAUGAGUGGGUGGCGCUAUGGGGGGGGGUCAGCGUUGGGGGCGGUGCUACAGGGAGGAGCAAUAACUGCUGGUGAAACGGUUGCAUCAAAUGCGGUGGUGGCUGUGGGUAACGCCAGCGUGGGAACAACCUUGCGCAUCCUGAGCAUCGUCAGCAAGAUCGGAAGAGCAGCGACAGGAAUCACGCUGGCCGGAGGACUGGUGAUCCGAGUGGUGAAAGAGAAAGUUCGGUCCACUACAGGAAACAGCUACACUGAAUGCAGCUCCUACGAGAUCCACUGGAACAAGUGA